CUGGAGUAUCACUUCCCCAAAUUAACGAGGAAGGAACUGCGUUUUACAAGCUACUGGAUUACAGGCUAUUGCUCUAAUUCAUUUUUAUGACUCGGUGAAAGCCUAUGACAGCUAUUACAGUGCUUUUUGUCCUUUGACGAUCUGAAUUUUCCUGCCUUUUUUUUUUUUAAAUCAUAAAUGUAUAUGUGUUCUUAUUUCUGCUAGCUGUUUGGUUGGAAUUAAUUUGAUCGCAAGUGCUACUUGAGACGGUGGCGGUUACAAUGGCAAAUACAGAGGGAAAUAAAUUAUGGGGUGGUCGGUUUAUGGGAAACACCGACCCUAUAAUGGAAAAGUUCAACGCGGCAAUCGCUUACGACCAACGCAUGUGGGAAGCUGACAUUAAAGGGAGUAAAGCUUAUGUCAAAGCAUUACAGAAAGCAGGUCUGGUCACCCAAGACGAGAUGGAAAAGAUUCUCACAGGCCUUGACAAGGUUUUCACUGAAUGGUCCAAAGAUGAAUUCAAAAUCAAACCUGGAGAUGAGGAUAUUCAUACAGCCAAUGAACGCAGGCUCAAGGAGAUUAUUGGUGAUCCAGCUGGAAAGCUUCACACAGGCAGGAGCAGAAAUGAUCAGGUUGUAACAGAUAUGCGACUGUGGCUACGAGAAGCUAUUGCCAAUCUGAAAGGACAAGCUUUACAACUUAUCAACACCAUGGUGGAAAGGGCUGCAGUAGAGAUCAACAUCCUGUUCCCUGGAUAUACUCACAUGCAGAGGGCCCAGCCAAUCAGAUGGAGUCACUGGAUUCUCAGUCAUACUGCAGCACUAAGCAGGGAUGUGGAGCGGCUAGAGGAAAUCAGGAGACGUGUUAAUGUAAUGCCUCUUGGAAGUGGAGCCAUUGCUGGGAAUCCCUUUAACAUUGAUAGAGAACUUCUACGUGAAGAACUACAUUUUGAUAAGAUCAGUAUCAAUAGCAUGGACGCAACUGGACAGAGGGAUUUUGUAGCGGAGUUUCUGUUCUGGGGAUCAAUGUGUCUCACACACAUCAGCAAGAUGGCAGAGGAUCUGAUUUUAUAUAAUACCAAGGAGUUCUCCUUCAUCACUCUGUCUGAUGCAUACAGCACGGGGAGCAGCCUGAUGCCUCAGAAGAAGAACGCAGACAGCCUGGAGCUCAUCCGCAGCAAAGCAGGACGAGUGUUUGGCAGAUGUGCAGGAUUUAUGAUGACUCUCAAAGGCUUGCCCAGCACAUACAACAAAGACCUACAGGAGGAUAAGGAGGCCAUGUUUGACACCUAUGACACAGUACAUGCUGUGCUGCAGGUGGCGGCAGGUGUCAUUUCAACUCUAGAGGUAAAUCAAAAGACCAUGGAGGCAGCUCUCAGCCCAGACAUGCUGGCCACUGAUUUGGCUUACCACCUAGUCAGAAAAGGAAUGCCUUUCAGAGAGGCCCACAGUUGUGCUGGAAAGGCUGUCUAUAUUGCUGAGUCCAAGAAGGCCCCCCUGAAUGAACUCACUGUAGAGGACCUCCAAACUGCCAGCCCUUUGUUUGACAGUGAUGUUUCCUCAGUGUGGGACUACAUUGGUAGCGUUGAGCAGUACAGCACCCCUGGUGGCACUGGGAAGAGUAGUGUCAUGGCUCAAAUAGAGCACUUCAGAACAUGGUUACAGGCACAAAAACAGUAACAUCCAGCUGAAGUCAAGAGUUACUAGUGUGUUGAAUAUGAAUAAACCUACAUUGCUUCGAAAUGCAUAUUUUAUGACAAAUAUCAUGUACAAUGAAACAUAUUUGCCACUGAGUAAAGAGUUUGUACUAACAUUU